AUGGAGCCUCCUAGCAAGAAGCCUAGGCUCUCUCACAGUCUUGACCAGGACGGUGACGAAUUAGACCUGAACAUUGAGGAUUUAGCGCUCGAUCGUCAAUUCCAAAGGUCUACAUAUCGAUCUGCCUUCUCAUUCAAAUCUACGUUGGAAAACAUCUUUGAAAAAUACGGCAGAGACUUUGGCGAUGAGGGUGAUGAAAUCGACCUUAACACCGGCAAAAUCACUGUUGACAGAGGCCAUUUCCGAGGCAUCUUUGGGGGGAACCUGCCAGUGGCCGCCGUUGGCGAUGACUGCACAGACGUAGCCGGUCAGGGGGAUGAGGAGGGAGAGGAAGAGGGUGAUGAUGAGGACGGCAUAGACCUGAACCAACUUUAUAGUGAUGGGGAAGAGGAGGAUGACGGAGAGGACGAGCAUGAGGAGGGCAGCAUCGAUCUCGAGGCUGAUGGGGAGGACGACGAGGAACCCAGUCACAUCCCAUCAUCGGACGCCAUCCCAGACCUCCCCGAUAUACCCGAGCCUCCGCAGCUACCUCCAUCUUUCAGUGCGCUGGAAUCAUCGGUAAACGGCGGUCUGUCCAAGUCAGGUACGCUGUUAGGGACCCUGAACCGGCUACUGACGAUGGCAGCGGCAAGUCGCAGCGCCUCGGAUCCAUCAUUUGACCCCCUCAGCGUCACCAAUGAACUCGUGGAACCAGCCUGGAGAGUCCCUGCGCUGCCACCAUCACUACUGCAGAAAAAGUCAACAGCUCCGGUAAAGACGAAAAGCAGUGCUGCCACGAAGUCCAUCGUGCGCAAGCCGCGCCCCAUAUUCACUCAUGACACCGACUCUGAAGAUGAAAUUACAAAACGGGCAUCUCACAUAGGUCCGGAACGGACACCCUUAAAUCAGCGGAAUGCUUCACCAUACGAGUCAGAAACUCGAUCGGCUACUAGUCCUGAGACCAGUGGCUGUAUAGAAAGAGUGCCCAACCAAGAAUCACAUACGAGGUCAACAUCUCGGCCCGGAAAGUCAAAGCAUCGCGAGGCUCACUCCGCCACUGUACCUAGAUCGCCACCACCCACCGAGGAUGAGAGAGACGUCACAGAAUCCCAGUGUAUGGAGACAGGUUACCCGCAACGACCAUUAAAACGAAAACACGAAAGCAUUGUUAUUCAUAUAAUAGACGAGAGGCUCCAAAAGUUGGAGCAGAGUAAACUUUCUUUGUUAAAUGCACCUGUUGAGACACUUGAGCCAGUCAGUCAAGGGGCGCCUAUCAGGGACGAAAGCGUCAUAGAGUCCGGUUCCGCAGCGUUGGAAAAUCCGGAAAGUCCAAGCAGGCCACGAGAAUUUACAAAUAAAGAAUUGCUGGAAACCGACACCGAAUCUGACGAACAAACAUCUGGUCAAGCGAGUACUGUUGAAGAAACGACCAUGUUGAGUCCAAGACUGCCUUCAGGGGGCAACAAAGGGCAACCAAAAAAGACCGAAGCGCCGCCUGAAACUUUUACGAAAAAUUAUGUCGAUCCCUCGUAUGGGUUCUCUGACGAGGAAGAUGGGGGUUGGGUGCCAGCUCCCAAGGCCGCUGGCAGAGGCCGUCGCCGAGGUCCUCUCAUUCUUCGACCAAGGAGUGUCUCCCCUGAGCUGGACUCUCCUCCUCGCCCUACACGUUCACCCCUGGGAAUGCCAGAGCCGGUUGCAACGUCUGCUGAUGUCACUCUCAGUAGCCAAUCACCGAGCUUUACUGCACUGAUUGCUGAAGCAGAGCCCCAGCCCGAACACGCGCUGGUCGAAGAUCUAGAACAUGAGAACACUCCCCCAGCAGCAUUCGAAGACGAGGAGCUCUCGAUGCUCGUGGACAACCAACCUCCUGAGCCAGCGCCAGUACAAGAAUCUACGAUUGUAUCCCCUGUCGCAGUUGAGGACGGCGAAGCAUCACAGUCACCGGAAUCAUCCGGACUACGACGGCCGGUGGAUGAACCGGUGCUGGAAGAAUACUUUCGCCCAGCGAAUGAGCAGCAUGUUGAGCCAGUAUCAGAGCCUGAUCUGGAGGUGGUGCAACAUGCUUCAGCAGACUCAAGUCUUGGCCAGCUCGAGGUCUCGCAUAGGCAGAGCGUUAUCCCUCAAGAUCAAACGAGUCACAAAUCAUCCCCUCAAAGUCUUCCCACGCAGCUCGGAGACCAGCUCGCUUCAGGAAAACAGGGUUCAGCGUACCUCCGCAGGCGAACGCGGAGGCAAUGGCCGCCUGAGAGCAACCUUGUCGACAAAUCAUUAUCAACUCAGGAUUCCCGGCCUGCGACGCGAAGUCCGCCUCUCACUUCGACUCCCAGCAGAAGAUCGGUGAGAUCAGUAGGCUCGCUGCUGUCACUUGUUAACGACGGGUCCGACGAGGACGAGCUCUCGACAUACUUCACCCCACGCACCCGGAGUGUUGCCAGCAGCGGCGGUUAUGCAGGCCCUGCACGUAUCUCCCGGGAGACCCUGUCCUCGCCAAUCAAGAAGAAAACGCCAAAGUCGCUCAGUCGACGCCUUUUUAUGACCAAAGCCAGCAGCAGCGUUCAUGCGAAGCCCAAGGCCUCGUCGUUUUCACUCGUGUCUGGCGCGCAGUUCCACACCACUCCGCUCUCCCACCGCGGACGUGCAACAGGCAGCGGAAGCAGCAGCGUUCGAUCGCGUGUCAACUCUAGUCCUGUAAGAUCCGUGAUCCAGACGCCAGGUGGAUCGAAGCGGAGAUGCGGCGAAGAAGGCUUUCGGUGUGAUCGCGACUGGUGCUUUUUUUGUAUUGGUGACCAACAGUAA